AUGCCUCUCGACAUCACCUUGGGCGAACCCGGAGAAGAGAUGAAGAACAAUACCAGCAACAACGACAACUACCACCACCACCACCAUAGCCUUAUAGGUCGGGGUUGCCGGCAACCGAUAGACUGGCAGGAAGAUGGGCCGUUAGAGCCUGCGCCCGCGCGAUUUGAACGUCAAGGCCGAACACAAAUUCGUAAAGACUCACCUUACACUGACAAACGUCGUUCCUCCUUCCACCGACAACAAUUGAAACACGCUUCAUCACUAGAGAAUGAGUCGGACCUCUCAGAAACAGAUUGUCGGUUUACCGACAAACGAAGGCACCUGAUCUCCUCAGUACAAAGCCCUCGUGAUAUCAAUACAUUGCCCACCGAAGCCUCCCACUCGCAUGAACAGGCAACUUUGAGUUCUAGCUCGCAAAAGGACGUCACAUUGCAUUUCAACCUGGAUUUUGUCGAUGAUAUUGAGGGGCAUCUAGAAGAACUGGCGCGGCUGAAACGACUUGGCCACUUUCACGAUGCAGUGGACUAUUUCAACUUUAAUCUACAGCAACAUCUCAAUCUUCCUCUCGUAAUGAUCGAAUAUGCGGACUUAUUACAAGAACAAGGAGCCUAUCGGAAACUACUUGAUCUACAGUCGCGUGGCACCCUAAAGAUGUCCCAGAAAAUGGACCCUAACCACACUCCAGAAUUGUACUCCUGGCACUUGGAUAUAAUUCAAAAAUGCGCAAAGAGCGCUUUCGAAGGGCUAUCAAAGCGGGAUAUAUGUGAAGGCACGACCCCACAAGUCCUUGAACAUGUAGAGCAAUGGUUGUCUCUACAACUUUCCGACUAUCUUGAUCAGAAGCCUGCCGAACCGGUGGAUUGGACAGAAGUGCGAGCCCCGUGA